AGCGCCCGUCCCGUCUCGGGUGGUACAAGAAUCUCCUACGCGCAUCGCACACAAACACAACGCUCCGAGCCGAUUUUCUUGUGGGAAAAUUUUCCGACGAAAAAUGGCAGCAAACCGGACGGUGUCGUCUCGUGUGCUUGGGUGUGCUUAGAAACGGUGGAAAAUUGCACCCCCAAAACUAGCUCGCCUCGGGACGGUCGCGUUCGCAAACGGUAGCGCCAAUCGAGCGCAAUGCAAAGCUGCUAAAGUGUCCAGUGGUACGGCAUCGGGCGGGUUGCGAAAUUGUGACGCAAAGAAAAUCGUUCCCACCAUUACCGUAAAGCAGGCGCAGGAAGGGCGCAUUCUCGUUGUAAGGAGGGCAAGCGUUUGUGAAGAAAGUGUGCAAAGUAAGGAGAAACGUGGUCCACGAUCCAAGCAGUGCAGGAUGUACUCCAAGCAUCCGUUCAGUGUGUACUAGAUAGAUUGGAAGAAUCAAUUACAGCCCGUUUAGCGAAUCGAGCCCAUCGUCUGGUGGUGGUGUUCCUCCCUUUCUAGACAGCGAUACACACACGCACGCACACACCCAUACCCAAGCAUACGCGCGCACGCAGGGGUGUGCAGUGCUCUGUGCCGUUUGCCCGAGGGGGUUGGAAAAAUCGAUACACCGACCACCAGGAACCGGCACCCGAGUACCGUGUUUAGCGCGUUACACCAUCUUUUCGUGCUGGUGUGUCUGGCUCUGCCGUCAUCCAUCCAAACCCGUUGUCUUCGUCAGUGUGUGUGUGUUUUUCCUUCCGCAAAAAGAUAUCCUUGCCGAAAACGAAAGAUUCUGGCCUACGGAGAAGAAGUUCCAGUGCAAUAGUGAGGUGUACUUAGUGAAGUGGCAGAAAGCAAACGAGUGUCUCCGAUCGAGCCCGAUUGCUACACCUACCUGUUUUGCAUAAUCGACUGCAAAGUGAUAGUGGCUAAUUUUCCCUAAUGGCUCGGCAAACUGCCCCUCAGUCCCCUAGUGUAUAGCUAGGCGGAUUAGUGUAGUGAGCGUGUGUUUUUUCUUUGCGGUCAGCAGUUUUCCUGUGGCUUAGAAUCGAUACACCACCAAACCAUCAUCUUUCAGACUGAUAUCACACAUGUGACCGAAGCAACCGCCGUGCCUGUGUUCGUUUCAGUAGUGUGGCUUUUUUUUGCGCUAAAGUGCCGUAGUGAAGUUUCCGUCCCAGAGUUCCGUUUUUUUUACGCAAAGAAGUUUUGUCAUCUUCCCCCGGGCAAGGGCAACGGCACCUGGCGCAUCAUCUCUUGAUCAUCAUCGUCAUCAUCAGCAGCAGUAGUAGUAGAAAUUGAGUCAUCGCUGGGUGGGGUGGUUAGUGUGUGUGCGUGUGUGUGUGUAUGUUUUUUUAUGUACACCCUGCAAUGUGCUCAUAUCGCCGCCUGCUAUUCGCUUCGAUUGCCGUAGAGAGGAUGUGCGAUAGUUGCGGUGCCAGUGUAGUAGCUGUGUGACGAAUUACACGUGAUAGCAGUGUUUCCUCCAUUUUUUCAUCGCACCAUGGCCCAAUAGAAAUCAGUCAGAAUUGAUCCCAACAGCUUAGUAUACCAAAAAUAUAGGAAAAUGCAGACGAUUCGUAAGAAGACCAGUCCUUUAAAAUAUCGAAACGAACCCGGGCGUUUCUUCGGCGAUGGUGUUAGCUUCAAGGCCAAGCUCAUCGGCAUCCUAGAGGUCGGUGAGGCUCGAGGUGACCGGAUGUGCCAGGAGGCACUGCAGGACCUCAAAAUGGCAAUACGGGCCGCAGGAGAGCACAAGCAACGCAUCACGAUACACGUCACGAUCGAUGGCUUGCGGUUGAGAGAUGAAAAAACUGGCGAUUCUCUCUAUCACCAUCCCGUGCACAAAAUAUCGUUCAUCGCCCAGGACAUGACGGACUCGCGUGCAUUUGGCUAUAUUUUUGGUUCCCCCGACAGUGGCCACCGGUUUUUCGGCAUCAAAACCGACAAAGCGGCCAGCCAGGUGGUGCUGGCAAUGCGCGACCUGUUUCAGGUCGUGUUCGAGCUGAAGAAGAAAGAGAUUGAGCUGGCCCGGCAGCACAUUCAGAGCAAAAUUACGGCCCACGAACAUCAGGCCGUGUCGGCAUCGCUGGUGGCGAAAAGUGGCGGCAGCACGCUGGACAGUAGCGGCGGUGGAGGGGCAGGUGGCAGCAGUUCGAGCUAUGGAAAGAAUCACUCGAGCGAGACGGCGCUCGGUGCGCUGGUGGCCGGUGGAUCAUCGAUGGGCGCUGGGUCAAGCGGGGCCAUGAAGAUGGUGGCAGGGAAGAGUGAAAAAUCGCCCGAAUCCGUCGCCGACCUGGUAGAUCUCGAGCAGGAGCUGAGCUGCAUACAGCGCGGCAUUACGCAGAUGGAGCGCAUUACGCCGAGCGAGGGCCCGGGGAAAAGUGUGCUCGAUGACGAUCCGUUUGGUGAUUCGUUUGCCAAUAUUCCGCCGUCAUACAAUUUGCUGCCACCACCGGAGUCAAGCAAACGGCACCAGAAGCAAACGCAUCGCUCGACGGAAAAUCUACCCACGAUGGAGUCGAGCCCGAAUGUGUCCUCAACGCCACCACCUAUGCCAGCGCCACCAAUUCCUACCCAACCGAGUGCUAGUGCUGCUGCUGCUGCUGGUGGCGGUGCAACGACUCUGACUGGAUCGUCUGGCUCGCAACCGGCUGGCAGCAACAAUAACAACAGCACUAGUAAUAAUCCUCCACCGUCUCAGGGGGCUGCCGGCGGCAGUACGCUAACCAGCAGCAACUCGGUGCAGAACGAUGAUUGGUUAAAUUCGCCGCCAAACACGUCACGCUUCGAUCCGGAACCGGCACGCUAUUCCGACGAACCAAAGAACCCGGAAGACACGGGCAAGACUCCUCAGCCGUCUGCCGCUGCACAGCCAUCGUCCUACACGGACGUGUUUACCGACCUGGACCCGCUGGGCACGGGCAAAAUCAAGCCAUACAUCGACAAGAAGUUCUUCUUCCAGGAGCUGAAGAAUCCGCCGAAGAAAGUGUUGAAAGAUCUGUCCGGCAAGGAGAGCACCUUCAAUGCGAACUUUGCGUCCGAGGACGGGCUGCUGCAGCAAAGCGUCGGCGGGUCGGCAUCGUUGAACGCAAGCAAUAUCUCCACCCUUGCUAGUGGUAGUGGCGAUCUGUUUAAGGCCAGCUUUGACGAGGCACAAUCGUCGAUGAAGAACGCCAACAGCAGUGCCGAAGCGGGCUCGAGUGGAGCAGGCGAAGGCGGAGGGCAGGCAGGUGGUGGUGCUGGUACGGGCAUGCCGCUCAUAGAAUCGCUGGUAGGUGGUGGAUCCAGCGCGCCGUCCGAUCCGUUCAUGGAAGAUGACGAUUUCUCCAAGCUGCAGCUCGAUCCGUUCGAGGUCCACUUUUCCCGCAAUGCGUCACCGCGCAAUGCGGGCGGGCAGCAGGAAGGUGGACGGCCGUCCGAUUCCGAGGAACCGACAAACAACAAACCCCCGACCGAAGCGAAAGACGGAACAGUGUACAACGGGCCGCUGCAGGUGAAUCUGCCGCCCGAAUCGUGGGCCAGCUACAUCAGCCAGAAACGCCUCGAGCGCCAAUCGUCCGAAGCCAGCGCUGCUGCCCAAACGGGGCAAACGGGCGGCCCGAACGCGCACCGCAACCGACCGGCGGCGAGCAGCGUGUUCAAGCAGAACACCGUCGACGUGAUCUCUAGUCUUAGCUCCAGCUCGAAAAAGAUGAAACCGAACCUGUUCGGGCAGAAGUUUUCCAAGCGCGACUCGAACAGCAUAAACAUGCGCCGGCUGCAGGAGAGCGAUUCGCUGAGCGAGACGGAAAUGGCACCGGAGCCACCGCCCCGGCCCGAUUCGGGCUCGCACAUCGAACCGCCGCCGUUGCCUCCGAAGAAGCAGUUCGCCGACAUCGUCAUUCGGCCGUCGCCGCGAUCGUCGUCGUCGUCCUCGGCCCAUGCGAACGCUGGUGGGGCCGGUUCGGGCAGCCUGUCCGGGCAUGGACCCCGGGAGCGGUACGAUUACGUUGGCAGCAAGUAUGAUAGCAGCCGGCCACCUUCGGGUGGCGAUCGGGCGGGUUCGGAUGCACCUCCGCUGCCGCUACCGUCGCGCAAGGUGGGCCGCACCGCGGGCGAAACGGUUGGCCCGGGGCGUCCGCAGAAAAAGUGCACCGACGAGGACGAUUAUCUGGCACCGAUCGGGAAGAUCGAUAUUCCAACGCUGCUGCCACCGCCGCAGAGGAAGGACGCGUCGAAAACGACGCGCACCACGCGCAAGCAGUCCGAGACGGAUCCGCGCAAUCUGGACGAACCGACGCCACCGCCGUCCUCGAAAUCGCCCACCGGCAGCGGAACGGGACACUUUGCCAAGGAGCUCGAUCAGCACCAUCAUCAGCAGCAGCAGCAGUCCGUUGCCUCGUCCUUCCUGCCCGACAUUACGCUCAGUCAAUUACUAACGCUCGGCAUCGACGAGCUGGCGGCCAAGCUGAACGUGCCCGUGUCCAAGCUGAGCACGAUGACGCUCGUCGAGCUGACCACCUAUCUGUCGGAGUUCAUCGAGAACAGCAAGUAUCCGACGGCGCCGGCACCGGCCCCGCCACCUUCGGCCGCCCUAUCGUGGGCCACGAGCAGCAGCAUCAGCCAGGACAAUACGGCCGGGCGGGACGGCAGUGUGAGCGAGUCGCCCGUGUUUAAGGUGAACUUUGACGACAGCAACGAUGCGAUGUUUGUGGCCAAGUUUGACGACAACUUUGGGGAGGAUGAAAGGCCGGCACGGGGCGCCGAUCGCACCAGUACGUUUGUCGCCAACUUCGACCAUCUCAAUCUGCAGCCGACGGGGGGUAGUGGAUCGCACCCGUCCUCGGCACCGGUUGUCGAUAAGUAUGCCGUGUUCCGGGAGAUUAUUGAGCAGGAAAUUGGCCCGGAAGGAGCGGGGUCAGUCGAUGCUGCGCCCGAACAGGAGCAGGAACAACGAACCGGACCGAACGAUCGUGCCGAUUCGCUCGAUCUGCAGAAGGAAGUGGCGUCGGAAAUGAAUCGCCUGUCGCCCGCCUUCAUGGGUGGUGAGACAGCGAACGUGGGCAGCUCCCCGCUGCCAAUGCACGGCUUCGGUGGGUCUUCCGCCAGCCCGCUCACAACCGGGCCGCCGCUCACGAAGAUCGACACCAAAAUCACGGAAGUCAUCUCGCAGGCAAAGGAUCGCUAUGCGGCCCUGCGCGACAUCAUACUGGUGGAGGAUCUGUUCGAGAAGCCGGCGGCACCGAUGGCGCGCAUGGAGUCGUCCUCGUUCGAGGACCGCGAGCUGGAUGACGAUGCCAAAUUUGAGGCCAACUUUGACGACAUGGAACCGGCGGUGGUGCAGCAGCAGCAGCAGCAGGAGAACACCUCGCCGGAAAUUAACAUUUCCGACGCGGACAUGAAUGAGGACGAAAUGCCGCAGCAGCAGCAGCGCCAGUUGGACUCGGGACAGGAUGGAGGUGUAGCGUUCCGCGGUGCCGUUACACCACGCGAGGAUUUGGAAAUCGACGAGUUGAUGCAGAAAGCGGUCUCCAAUCUGUCGCUGCACAGCAACGAUCAGGUAUCGCCCGCACCGACCGGUUCAGCCAGCGCUCAGCUGGGCCAAGGGUUGAAGGGAAGUCCACUGCUGCAGCAUAGCGCCACCUCGCCGUACCGGCCGACCAACAUGUCCACCUCGACGACGCUGCUGAACGAUAUGAUUGGCCCGAAAGCGAAAUCGCCAACCACUGGCAGCACGAUGGUCCAGUAUGAAACGCUUUCCCUGGGACCGUCGGGUCGUAGCGGUGGUUUGAGCGAUAUGAGCACCUCGCCCAUACCGCCGUUGGGGCCGAAGUCGUCCUCUUCCUCCGGUACCGGGAUGGCCAAGAGUCCGAUCCUGAAGCCCUCGCCAAUGUCUCGCAGAAGCGAUGAGGGAGGUAGGGGCAAACCGACACCGGCCCCGCGGGGCCAAUCGUCGAGCGAUAAGCGCUCGUCCGGUUCGAUGAGCGACGGUGACGGUGAAUCUUCCCCAGAGGGCGACAACAAUGAAGAGGGAAAACUGUCUAGCAUGACUCCUACCAAUGCCAACGAAUCGUGGGCCGUGUUCGAUCAACCAGAACCGCCGCUCCACCAUCCUUCCAAAAGGCAGGACAUGCGCCACGAUACCGUACGAGGGGAUAGUGGAAGAAGAAGUGGCGAUAAGAACGGUCCCGAUUCACCCUGCUCCUCCGAUCCGAAAGACGAAUGGACGAAGGCGGACCUGCGCGACUACAACCGCCGGUGGCCCUCGAAAGGACACACGUCCUCCUCGUCCCGGGACGUCAGCCCGUGGGACGAGGAAGGUCCGGACUAUCGCAAACGCUCCUCGAUGCACCCGUCCGGCGGUGGUGGUGAUCCGUCGAUGCGCCAUCACCAUCCGACGUCGGGCGAACGGUACCACCAUCCCCGCAUGCCGCCGCGCCGUAUCAACUCGAACGAUGAGGAUUACGACGAGGAGCUGGUGAAGGAGCGCGGCCAGCAGCGGCGUCGCAUGAAGAGUGGCGUUGGGUCGCGCAGCCGGGACAACUUUGAGGACGAGCACUGGUACCACGACCACCAUGCCGGCCCGACCUGGUCCUCCCCGACGGAGGACGAGGAUGUGCGCGUUCCGCCCGGUGAGCGUGGGGAGCGCGGUUCACGCUCGUUCGAUCGGAACGCGUACGAGCGCAGCACGUACGGGCCACCGUACGAGAAGCGGGAGCCGAAAAGCUUGCCGCCCGCGUACGAUCGGCGCGAGUACGGCAAGGGCUACGACAAGCGGAAGUACUACCGCGAGCGGGAGCCGUCGCGUGGUGGCAGCGGCGGUCGGUACGAUUACGACCCGUACGGGGGCGACGGGGGGUACGGUGGCAGACGGGGGGCCGAUUACGACGAGGGCGUGGUGUACGAGCGGCCGAGCCGGGAUUCGCGCGCCGCCCGGGAAUACUUUUACGAGCGCGAGCGCAAAAGCUUCGACCGGGAGAGCAACGAAUCUUACGAUAGUCGGGAGCGGCAGCGCAGCUUCGGGAGCGGGGACAUCUACGGCAGCCUGGAUAGUCGGGCGGAGUAUCGCGAGCGGGACCGGUACCUGUCGCUGGACAAGAGCCGGUCGCUGAGGCGCGGCAUGCGCAAUGCGGGCAGUGCGCGGCUGGACCAGGAGCUGGACCAGGACUCGGAGGGGGAUCUGAUCGGUGGCAUGAUGGGUGGCAGUGGCCGGUCCGGCGGUGGGCUGCGUGAUGCCGGUGGUAAUAGUUUGCAUCGCUCUAGUCAAAACAUAGGCCGCGGCGGUGGUGGCGGCGGUUCGAAGCAGCAACAGCAAAUGAUGAUGAUGCUGGAUGAUGAUGUGUGGGGUGUGACGAAGGGCGGUGGUGGUGGUGUCGGUUCCGCUGCUACCAUGCCGUGGAAGCGACCGUCCAGCGCGACGGAGCAGCAGGAACAGCGACGCUACAACGAAGCAGCUGGACGAAGCGGCCGAGGAAUGGGCCCCGUGGUCGGUGGCACCAGCUUGGCCGGUUCGGACGGCGAGAAGGAUCGGCGGUUUCGCAAGAAGAGUCGAUCGCGCGCCGACCGGAAGGAGAUGGAGAUGCGCACGAACUACGCCACGAUGCGUUACCCGGUACGAUCGAAGGAGGAUUACUUCGAUUUCGACGCACCGGAGGGUGGCCGGGUUGGCGCUGGCGUAGACGACGAUGACGAUGAGGACGAUGAGGAUGAGGUGCCGGCCGGUAAGCUGACGCUGCUGGACGACCCGCUGGACGAGGGUCCGGCGUAUUAUGGGCCCGGCCGGAGGGUGCCCCCUGGGGGACCGCUGCCGCCCGGUGUGGGCGGUGCGUACUAUGGCAAAUCGUCCACACCGCGCCAGGAGGGGCGCAGCCUGAACGAUGCACUGAUCGCACAAGAAGCGAAGAAGAUGGCCCGGUACGAGUACGAAGAGGAGGCCCUUCGCCGCAUGAAGAAAAGCAAUAGCCGGGACCUGUACUUCGAGGGCGGCAGUGGUGGCGGCGGUGGCGGCAGUGGCUAUGGCAGUGUAACGCCUCCGAAAAGCGCCUCCCAAAAGCAGCACAGCGUUGCGCCAGCCGGCCGUACACCGCUUGACUUUGAGUUUGAGGAGUACGCGGAUCCGGCUGGGCCGCCGGCCGGUGGCGAUGGGUUUGAGAGUGAUUUUAACUCUCCGCCUACUGGCGGCACUGGUGGCGGCGGUCCCGGUGGCGCAGGGGGAAGAAGUGACGUGCCGAAGUCGUACCGCUUUUCGAGCGAUUUCUCCAAUGAAAAGGAGCGCGCCCAUUACGCACACGAUGCGCCGCCGCCCGGUGGAUAUCAUCGGCCGCAGCAGCAUUACAAAGCUCAUGCCAGUUCCGGUGCCGGCUAUGCCGAUACGGGCGACUAUCCUCAGCAAGCGCCGGCCUCAUCGUCUGCGACACCGCCACCCGCACAUCAUCAUCAUCAGCAUCAUCGUGAGCAGACAGCAGCAGUGGGCAGUGGGUCGAAGCUGCGGUUCAACGAGAAUGUUACCGUGUCGAAGUUUGACGCGGAAGCAACCACCAUGUUCGAGGACGAUUUUGCUGGCCGGUCCGAUGCGGAGCAGGAUCCCGACGACGGUCAGCAGCAGCAGCAGCAGCAGGGCUGGUCCGCAGCACGUAUCACCACCAGUCCCGGUCCGGCAGCCGCACCAGCGACAAGCAAUAACGGUAGUAACAAGAAGAUAUUAAAAACCUCUAGUCAAGCGGGGCACCAUCAACAGCAGCACCAGCAGCAGCAACAGCAGCUAUUUAAUCAGGAUAAUAUUCGCAAAUCGGACAGUAUUAACAUUUUUGCCAAAAAGGUUGACGAUCCCUUCGAGGAUGAUGAUUUCUUUGCCUCCUCCGGCGGUGGUGGUGGCAGGGGCGACCCAUUUGGUGGCAGCGGUGCCGGCAACAGUGCCGAUGCUGCACACCACGGUGGAGGAGCCACCGCCACCGGUGCCGGUGCAGGCGGGUGGGACAAAAACUUUGCCAACUUCGACGAUAACAUCUGAUUACUCGGUAGCCUGAUGAUCGAGAGCAACUUCCUCAGUCGCCAGCUGAGCCGAAGCUUGAGUGCCCGCCAGCAGUACCAGUACUGCUGCCAACAGGACGAACAUCAGCGCUACUCACUGGCCAAGGACAUCCGGAAGCUUUACAUGCGCAUCAAGCACUGCAACCGGUACCAGGUGUUUGUGUAAGCGCGUCGGGAGAGCAACGGGGAAAACACACACACUCCCGCUCCCGUUCUCACUCUGUGUGUUUGUGUAUGUAUGUGUAUUUGUCCUGUCCUUGUGUACAUCCUUUCUUGGGAAUCAUCGUCUGUCUGUGGCGUCCAUUUCGUUGUAGGUAAUUACUUGAAGCUUUAAUCCAUGCACACCGCCACCAUCUUUUCAUCUCAUUUUAGCACAAGCCGGUUUUGCACACCAGGAAAACCCGGGUUGGGGUCGUAUAGAGCCUGUGAGAGGGCUCAAAAACGGUCACAAGCAUUUCUUGUUCGAAGUUUAUUUCUAUCGCACUCACAACUCAUUCAUAUCAUCCACAUUUACAAUCAUACGCGUUAGUUGUAUUCGUUACACGUUAACUUAUUGUCAGCCCUGUGAGCUUUACGCGAAAACGGAAUGGUGGUUUGGCGGAUACUAUGACGCCGGAAGCAUGUAUAGGAAAUGAGAUUAUGUUGGCUGCUGUUGCUGCUUGUUGAUAUUGCAAAGUGGAAGUGAACUAACGAGAACCGAUCGAUAGUGCUUGGGCCGGUAACACAUACGUAUGUCCGGUGCGUGUGUGUGUCCCCAUUUUCUAAUAAUCCCAUCUUCCCCCAGUAUUUCAAAUCGUAGAGCCAAUUCAAAUUUUGUCUCCCUAUAAUCGCAUUAAACCGCAAACGAAAGCAUGAAAUGAAGCAGAGAGCCAUCGUUCAGGAAAAGGAAAUUAGAGAAGGAAAAAAACGAGAAGGCGCAUCAUCUUUAAACAAACCCAUUCUCUAAUGCUGCUCUUCCUUUUUCCUAGUAUAUUGGUAAAAUGUUCUGAAAAAAAAAUACCGCGGUGGCGCACCACUAUGUAUUAGAGAUGUAAUCAGCGAACACGUAACGAUUAGUGAGAAGGGUAGAUGUGUUAUUAACAUACUUCAAACUCUUGAGGCAGCUAACAAUUAGCAUCAGAACCUGUUUGGGGGUUUGGGAUUGGCGCCGAUUUCGUAGGUUCUGUUCCUUCUUAGCGUUCAUUUCUUUUCGAACCGGUUCCUCUUGUCGGAGAAGUAGACAAACAACGUGGGCAGGCCCCUUAACCUUAUCCGAUUCUUUGCGCUCAUCCUUCGCGCGUCUGUUUGUGUUUGUGUAAAAGGGUUAGUUAUAUCUCAGACACUUACAGGAUUAGGUUAGCAAUAAUAAGAACAAUUACAGUAAUAUUAAUGGUAAUAGUAUGAUCGAUGUGUUGUAAAUGCUCUCACUCAGUAAGGCCCCGGUGCGUAGUAGUGUCGGUGCGGUGGUUAUGCUUUACUUCUGCCCGCCAAGGUAGCUUCAUUUCAUAAUUAGGAAAGCACGCGAAGAGCGCUAGUAAGUUGAUAAAAAAUUUUUUAGAUUAAUAUUAAUUCUCAACCACACACACAGCAAAAGAAAGGCAACAGUAAGAUCACAGGGUCGUGGUAGUGUUUAGAUAUUAUUAAAGGAACAAUAUUCAACGCAAGAUUGUGUGCUCGAGUGGGCACCGUAGGCCAUUGCAAUAAUGCAGUAUGUGAGCUUUAGUACCCAGUUUUGGUGCGUUUUUGUUUUAACGAAAAUCUUCCCAUUUCGAUAUUGAAGAAAACAAAACCACUUUGUGUGCAUGUAGCAUUGCGUUUUUCGCUUAUGAGAUACCUACGUUUGAAUUUGUAACAUAUACGGUUUAAAAGGAAAUACGAAUCGCCGCUCCUCCCAUAUGUAUGUGUGUGUGUAGGGAGAGGAAGCAAAACUCUAAAACAUACUCGAAUUAAUAUUUUCCCCUCACUCUUACGCUGGAUAACGAAUGCAGGAGUUGUGUGACAAAAUGCAAAGGGGAAGAAAAACUAGAAAGUAGAAUGAUGGCCCGUAUAGAAGCUCUGGCACAAGGUAGAUAAGGUGAAGAAUAAAACCAAUCAUGCAAACACUGAACCGACAACACCAGAAAAAUGACGAAAAACGAUGAUUAUACUCAAAUAAACAAACAAUGAUAAAAGAAGAAACUAAAUAGAACACAACAAUAUGAGCAUGACAACUAACUGGAACAAAGGUAAACAUUAAGCAUUAACAUUAAUAGAACGAACAACAAUUACUCAAGUACGCGGACAAGAAGCAUACAGAAUAGAAAACAUAACAAAAGAUCGUGUUGGGUCGUAGCGGAAAGGGAUAUGAAAAAAGUUGUUGAUAUUAAAACCCCGAUCCUCAACAAACAAAAAGAAGAACAGAAAACAACACAUACACAUAAAUGAAACGACAUGGAAAUUGCCACACACAAUUCGCUAAUGGAAAAUAAACAAUGAAAAACUGCAACUGAAAACCGAAGAAAUUUCUUCGCUGAUGGCGACCUUUUCUUAUUGGAUUUUGUUUUCCCUUUUCACGUUAGUGUCCGUAUCAAAUAGUCGGCAGUAGCACGCCACCACCUGUGUAGAUGUGUUUUCUCGCUCCCCUCCCCCAUUUUCUUAACUUAAAUAGUGUUAAAACUGUUGCAAAACUUUGUCGCGCAUGGAUAUGCCAGGGAGAGGAAGGAAGUGUGCAAACACAGGAGCGAGCAGACAAAGGUACGAAAUGUUACAUAUAACGUUAAAGCAAAUGAAGCAAGCAGACAAACAGAGAGAAACCAAAUAAACAGGCGUCAAUGGAAACUCUUCAGAAAACAAAAAAAAACAGAACAACCAAGGAGAAAGGCAAGCAAAAAAAGAACGGUUAAAACUUAAAAGAAACUGAUAAAAGAUCAUGCAAAGAGUUAAGAAUGAAACAAACGAAUAUGAAAACCACAACAUUACAAAAACCAACGGACGAACUUUGUGACGCAAUUGUGAGAAGAGCAACCGACAAAACCAACUAUUAAGAAGUAAAAAUAUAUCAUUAAAAUUUUAAAAACAA